AUGGUCAAGGACUUGGACUAUCCAAAAAUGGCAAAGAUGGAUUUCUGCGAGGGACCAGUAAUAAUGUACCUCGACUCCCUGCUGCUGCCGACCAACACAAUAGAAAUGCGCAAGAUUGCAAAGACAAUGGACAAGACAUCAUUACUGCGAGCAAACCACCUAAAAGAGAGUGACCUAAAGAAAAUAGCUAGAGCAGACAUAAAAAGGGACGGAAAAGCACGACCAGAUGACUAUGAAUUUGGCAAGAUAAAGGGACACGGCAAGAGAACGCCACUGAAACAUAAAGGCCAACAGCAGCAUGUCGUCAAGAACACCGAGCAAGAGGAUGGAAGCAAUAGAACAAGCAACCCAACAACAGAUGAUGCUCCCUCAAGAGCGUCAACAGGAGCAGUACAAGAGACGAACAGGAUCGGAGGCAGCAAAGACGUAUUAGAAGCACAGCAAAGAGAAGAGGAUGCCCAUGCAAAACAGAAAGUUGAUAUAGAAGAGCUCUUCAGCACAAGAGCAUUUCAGAUGAGCGAUAGAGGGGAGAAAGCCUCAGACACUGCACCUGGUGACACACCCAAGGCUGGUAUACAAAGCAAAGAAAAAGUGGCCGCACAAACGGAUAUCCCAACCACCGGCGCAAAGAUGCAAGAAACAGAGGAGAGCACCAAUAUUCAAGACCAACAAACACAACAACACAAGGGAAUGGAACAAGCAGAAGAUGUUUUUCCAACAACGGACAGCGUAACCGCCGUAGACCAAGCCAGAAAACCUUUGCUGUCCGAGAAAGAAAUAACAGGGAUGCCAAUGUCGACGCAAAAGAUUGAAAAGGUGAAACUCGAUUGUGCGUUCUAUAUGUUCAUGAACACAAAGCACUACACUGAUGGUGGAGAAACAGUGUACCUAACAGAAGAACAAGUCCCGGAGUUGAGGAAGAAAAUUCUCUAUCAAAUAAUCAGCCAAUACAGAGAUACGGCUGCACUAUCAUUAAUCAACUACACCAAAGAUACGCUGAAUUCUGAGGUUGAUAUGAAAGACAGUAAAAUGCAACGAAUACAUUGUGACAUAAUUCAAGAAGAGAUUCCUCCAACUCCCGAGCACAUUGGGACGAGCGCUCAAGAGAUACAAGUUAUUGGCAUUAAUGACACAAGCAGCGAUGAGGAGAAACAAGAUUAUCAUGUGAGCAGCAAGGAUACCACCAAAGCGUCUGAAGAAGCACUCACGGAAGAACAAGCCCAGACAGAUGCUGGUUUACAGAGGGAACAACAAGCGCAGCCAGACACUGAUUUACAAAAGGAAGACGAAUGGAAAGAUCCACCGAUAGAACCAGACAGACCACCCCCAGAUAAAAAGACAGAACAAAUAACAUGCUCUCCUUUAGAAGGUGAUAACAGGACAAAGAGCGUACUAACUCGCCAACAAGAGCUUUCCAAACAAAACAAGAACCCUGUUGACGAAGAUCGCAAACCAGGAAUAUCACCCAAGGUGAAACAUGCACAAGAAGAAAAGAAGCAGAAAGAGAAGGAUUUAACAGAAAAAAUACUUGAACAGAGGAAACGCGAUGCUGCAGUCUCAGUAGAACCGAGCAUCAAAAGCAAUGGCACACAAAAGGAAACACCAACACCUAGGCAGCCUAACGAGCAGGCGCAGUUAGGUCACGACAAGAAAAAGGCAAGGCAUCUUGCAAGACAUAUUCUAGGUUUAAAGGAUAAACGAAAAUCUAUGAAGAACUUCAGAGAUGAUUUCACACGAGAAAAGGAUGUCUUGGUUCCUUUGUUCCUUAAGAAAUGUCAAUCAGAGAAGCUCAAAACGGCAAAAAUGGUAUUCAUGCCAUUUGAAAAGGAAGACCGAUACACACUAUUCAUGCUCGACAGAUAUAUAAGGAAGCUUGAAAUCAUCGAACCUGAAGAAACCUCUCUUGAAGAAUUGAAGAGGCAAGAAUACCUAAAAAAUCAACGUGAUCGACACGUGCAUGAUGGCAAACUAAUUAAGCAGAUUGCUAACAUGGAAAACAACGAAGCCAUCAAAGAAAAGGAGCAUAACAAAUACCACAACCAUAAAGACAAACUGGUUCCCAGGUUUAAAGAAGUAUACAAAAUAUUACUGGGUGAAAAAUUCGAAAAGGAAAAGACUAGAUGGGAUGUUGAAUUUUUACAGGGCGUUCCAAAGGUGAACAAAGGUGAAACCCCGUUUGCUGUUCUAAGGUUCGCGCAUCUCUUUGAUGGCAACCACUUCGUCGAAGAGAUUGAUAAUUUCGACGAUGGCACGGAACAAUGGAAAGCACAACAACUGUGCAAGCUACUAUUUAGCGAUCAGAAUACAAUCGAACCCAGCGAAAUGGGCGAUGAGAUUAGAAAGAUCUACGACGACAUCACGGAAUAA